AUGGUAGAUUCGUUAAGACAAUGUGGUACACUAGAAUAUAUUCAUAAUUCAGAAAGGGUUGCUAUAUUUGGUGAUUUGCAUGGUAGUUUGUAUGAUUUAUUCCGUAGACUAAAAGAUGCAGGCUGGCCUACAGAAAAAACAUUAAUUUUCCUCGGUGAUUAUAUUGAUCACGGAAAGGUAUCCUUUAGAAUUACGUUACCCCAAACGUGUAUAUAUGUUACGUGGCAAUCAAACACAGUGAAUCAGUGUUAUGCAAAUGAAGAAAAUGAGUCUGGGUUGGUGCAGAACAUUGAAAAUUAUUAUGCAAGUGCUGACACGAAGUUGAUAACAGUUAAUAGUAAUUUCGUAUUCGAUCACUUACCACUAGCAGUCAUAUUAUCAGAUCAAGUAUUACUCUGUCAUGGUGGUAUCUCCCAGUAUUUAAAAUCACGAAAUGACAUAGCUCAAAUACCACGUACUCUUGCACCAGAACUUAACUUAUUACAUAGCAGUAUUAUGACUGAUAUUUCAUGGGCUGAUCCAUACAAAGAAAUAAAUGGCUCCAAGUACAAACCAUCUGGACGUGUUGUCUCGUACUAUUUCAAUCGUAGAGCUUUGAAAGAAAAAUUACGGGUAUUGAACUGCCGAGCUCUUAUACGUGGGCAUGAAGCCAAUGCUAGUUUUCGAUGGUUUAUGUUAUACUAUAUACAUUCAUCAUCAGCAGCUGGUGAUGAGUACUGUGCAGCAGCCAUUUUGUUGGUUGAUUUUGAUAAAACGACAAAUCUUUUGAGAGGCAGUGUAGUUUAUCAUUCAACAAAAGGUAAUUUAGAACAUUUACGUGAAAAACUGGCUGCAAAUUUUGCACGAGUAAGUUACUCUAUGGAUAACCAUUCAUUUUUUAUUGGCACUGCAGAAAUUAUUUCUGAAAAUGUUUUCAAUCAAAAUCUUCAUCCGCUUGUUUCAUUUAAAUUUAUGGAUGGUGUAGCGGCUGCGAUUUUCAAAUGGCAACGAUUUAUUUCACACUUUGAUUUAUUUAUGACUACUCACCAAGAUACUACUGGUUACGUUAUUAAUAACAGUAACAGAAGUAUUAUCAAUGCCUCCUUACUAUUCAACGAAUACCGAACUGGUAAUCACAGUAUACAGCUUGAGAAGGGAUUUUUUGAUGACAUGGAUGCCGUUUCACGAAACAAUAAUAUAAAUGAUUUGCAUAAGGCUGCUGCUCUUGUAUAUCCGAAAUUUCUGAAUGUGUUGAUUAAACAGCGUAUUAAUUUAAAUGCAAUUAUUACAAGCAUUAUAGAUACAGACUGA